ACCUUUAUCUCUAAACUAACGAUCAGUGUACAUACGGUGAUAGUUACUGACAAAUCUGCAAACACCUCUGGAAUGUUAGACGACGAACAGAUGCAAGCACAAAUGGCAAUCCAAGAAGAAAAGAAUCCACGUGUGUACAAAAUUGUCAAGGAAAUAAGCAGUCCAAAGAAAUACAUAUUUGACAUGUCCUAUGUCGGUAAUGGAAAAAUAAGUCUUUCGCUGGAUGAUGAUUCCUACAGAAGCUGGUAUCCUGGUACGUACGUACCACAAUAUAGUGUGUUGCAAAAUGGAGACAUUGAACAUUUAUCAUAUAAUGGAUUGUACUCACUCUAUUGGAAGUUCCUAUCUGAAGGCUUCUUUUUAUUCACCUUCCAGAAAUCAGUCAAAUAUAUAUACUUUAAUUCCAACUAUCCUAAUUCAAAAUUAAAUGUAUCUGAGUUUCUUCCUGAUCCUAACUACUUUGUACAUGGCAUGGCAGUGUGUAAACCAUGUAUAAACAGAAAUAUUGUAGUCAGUUUAUGGAAUGGCAAAUUUCAAGAAAAAUCUCAAGGAAAGAUAUUAAAAUUUGAAAAAUGUAUUGCCUCGAACAAUUUCCAACAAGUGUGUAAUUUUGAAAAUGAUAAACAUAUCAUUUUGUUUACAUUUCCAACCCAUUUAACAGUAAAUGGUAACACAGACAUUUGUGUUUCGGACUCAGGAUCUGUUGUGGUAAUAGAUGAAAAAGGAGUUCUCAGAUUUCGAUACCGAGGUCUUUCUCAGGAUCCUCACUUCGAGCCAUACGGUAUAUGUUCAGAUUCUGAAUGCAAUAUAAUCGUGGCUGAUAUGAAAAACGACAAAAUACAUAUGAUAGACCAGAAUGGAGGCUUCAUCUGUUUUCUGUACUAUGAAGACAUGAAAAUGCCCCGAGCCUUGUGUAUUGAUGAGAAUGAUAAUCUGUAUGUCAGUGAGUGGAAGAAUGAACGCAUCAAGAUCAUUUCUUCCCAGUGAACAAAAUAGCCACAGGAUGAGAGGUCAAUUCAUUUUAUCAUAUUUCAGUCUUUUGAAUUUCUUUGAAAGUUUUAAAGACAACUAAAAUAUCCCUUGCAAUAUCCUAUUUCUCCAUUAUGGAAUCAGGGUUGUCAUAAACAUUUACCUCUAAAAGGGGGUGGAUUGUACUUUCUACUUGUUGAUGUUGGAACUAAUUAUGUAAUGAAUAUAUGCCGAAUACUGUUCUAUAUGUAAAAUUAUCAGACUGUUUGAGGUCCGUUAGAGCCGAAAAUU